AGUGAGCAGCUGUUACCAUAUAAAAGAGACUUUCCUUUCGAGUUGAGAGGCACUUGGGUGAGAGACACAUACAGUACCUGAAGCCAUAGAAAACGACCAAUCGAAUUCCCCCUCACCUCACCUGCUGACUUCUAAAAUGGACUUUUGGAAGAUUGUCAAAUCUCUCAAUGAUUCUCCUACACCUCGCACUUCACUUACCACCUACUCCCACCUACCUCCACCUACUCCAAAAGACGACGCGGACUACUUCUCUCAUUCCGAGUGUCCAUCUUUAUUCAACUGGUACUUAACACAUGCAUUACGUCCUCAAGUUCUGCCUCAAGAAUGGAGGAACGGUCCUUGGGGAAAAAAAGCAGUAGACUUGAAGUUUGUGGAGGAUUACAAGCCUUUUAAAGAUAAUGUCCAGCUCAGAUUUAUGCUCUAUGGACCUGUUGGUGCUGGCAAGUCCAGCUUCAUCAACUCUGUGGAAAGUGCUUUACGAGGGGAAAUAACUGAUCGAGCUAAAACAGAUGCAAUCGGUGGCAAGAGCUACACCACAAAAUACAAAGCCUACAAAAUCAAAAAAGGUGAUACAGGGACACAUUACCCUUUUGUCUUCAAUGACGUCAUGGGCCUCGAGAAGGAUGAAGGAGUUUGUGUGGAAGACAUCAAACUGGCCAUUAAGGGACACGUGAAGAAUGGUUACAAUUUCAAUCCUCGGUCUUCCUUGUCUGAGGAUAACCAACACUACAACAGAGACCCGUCUCUAAAUGACAGAGUUCAUGUUCUGGUUUGCAUCAUCCCUGGCAGCAUAGCAGGAUUGCAGGAUGAUUCUGUGAGAAAGUUGAGGGAAGUCAGACUUGCAGCCAGGGACAUGGACAUUCCUGAAAUUGCUAUUCUCACCAAAAUUGAUGAAGCCUGUCCAGAGGUUGGAAAGGAUAUAAGGAACGUGUAUAAGAGCAAGCACCUGAAGAAAAAGAUUGAGGAGGUGAGUGGCAGGAUGGGAUUUCCACAAAACUGCAUCUUUCCUGUGAAGAACUACCACUCAGAUAUCGACACAAAUGAUGACACAGAUACACUGAUACUGAGCGCACUGAGACGGAUGAUUGAAUCUGGAGAAGACUUUGUCAACGACCUGUAAAAUUACAUUCUGCUGAGGCAGGUCUUCUUUUUUUUUUUAAAUGUAAAAAGGUCCUGGGAACAAGAAUGAUAAUUACAUGAAAUGGGCAAAAUGGCUUUUAGUUAUUUUUGUGCAGCCUGUAAUGCAUCAUAUAUAUUCUAUAAAUGAUGGUGUCUCUACCAUAAUGAGUAAAGUAUGAAAAUACUUUAUUUUUCCUAUAUUUGAGGUUUUCUUUGCAUUGUGAUAUUGUUAGUUAUAUGCUCUUUUGAUUCAGGUGGUAAUUUAUAUUGCCUUCGCCGCAGGUAAUCGAGAAUCUGAAUAUUCAUAGGUCGAAGAUGAUAUUUGGUUGAAACGUGUUCAGAAUAAUGAUAACAUAUGCUGUACUUGUCAUUGAUUAAAAAGUGUUUUGUAUAUAA